GUUAAGAUGGCGUCGGUGAGCCUAGUGCGCAUGCACGAGUUCCUCAAUGGUCGGGCAAAAACACAGCUGGUCUAUGAUCUCCGAAGCAAGCUGACGGUCGAACGUUAUCAAUGUGAUUUUCGUGAAAUUCUUGCCGAUCUACCGGUCAGAUCGUGAGGUCAAGGCGGACGUGUGCGAAAAUUCGUUUAGUGCUCGGCUCUUAGUGUUAGUGAGUGUGUUUAGAUGUAUGCAAAACUCGUUAAUCGCGGUGUCACCACGAGGAUUUUUCACUGCCCUGGAUACAAAGGAGUUUCGUGAGGUGCUUCAAGCGUCCUUUCGGCAGCGGAAGCACGAGGCGAAAAAUGUGGUGUUGGAAGCGGUAAUUCGGCGAACUGGUUAGAAAGGAAGCCGAGGGAGGAAAGGAAGCGGUAGGUAAGGACGAGAUGGCGUCUACAAGCGGGCACAAGAGGAACGGCUCGAGUUCGAGCAUGUUCGCCCACAAACGCACCGAGUCCGGCGGUGGUUUCAUCGGCCACAAACGUUCCGAGAGCGGUCACAAGCGGGCCGAGAGCAUAUCCAGUGCCUUUGGCCACAAACGAUCCGAGAGUGGUCACAAGAGGAACGAGAGCGGCGGUGGUUUCGGGCACAAAAGGUCCGAGUCCGGCAGCAAUUAUCAUGCCGGGCAUCGAAGAAACGAAAGCAUGUACGCGAUGACGGGGCUUUAUGCGGAGAGCACAGGGACAGCCACUGACGAAACUACGGACCCAUUACAGGCUACCGGUAGCAGACUGACCCACGACACUGUGAUCAGGUGUCACAGUAGAAAUCCCAGUUCUGGCCUCGUGGACCAUAGAGAUUUUAUCAUCAAAUGUCACAGCAGGAAUCCAAGUGCUUCCAUGGUGGACAGAACGGAGAAAGAGAGACCACAAACUCCACCAUUUAAUCCGGAUUCGAAGGACUGUGGAAUCCUGAGCUGCAGGCCGGCCUUUAUACAGAGAUUCGCCGGAAUAAAGGUGUUUGUGUUCCUUCUCUCGUUUCUCGUAACGCUGCAACAAGCACUUAGUUCAGGUUACAUUAAUUCUGUGAUCACAACCAUUGAGAAGAGGUUCGAAAUCCCGUCCAGCCUUUCAGGCGUCAUUGCUAGCUCCUACGAAAUUGGAAAUGUCAUCACCGUCAUCUUCGUCAGCUAUCUAGGUAGCCGGAGGCAUAUACCUGUGUGGAUAGCGAUUGGCGCUGUUAUAAUGGGACUGGGAUCGAUGAUCUUUAUGGUGCCACAUUUCACAGCUGAACCCAAUUUGAUGACAGCCGCGAAUAAUUCCAGUUCUGAUAAUAUUUGUCGUGGGGUCUCGUUACGUGAACAGGACAUGGGAUUGGGUCGUUUGUCGUCUGGAUUAUCAUCUCCACCUUUGGCCCCUCACAACAAUUUAAGAGGUGAUAAUUGCAUUCAAGGAUCUCCAUCUACAGCUGGCCCUGUUAUGUUAUUUGUACUUGCUCAGUUAUUAUUAGGCUGUGGUGGUUCUCCUUUGUUUACCCUUGGUACCACUUACAUAGAUGAUCAUGUUCGACCAGAAAGUGCUUCAUUGUAUAUUGGUUGUAUGUACAGUAUGGCAGCAUUUGGACCAGUUUUAGGUUUCCUUCUUGGAGCUUAUUUGUUAUCAUUUCAUAUGGAUUCCUUUUCCGGAACAAUAAUUAGUAUAGAUCCAGGUGAUCAUAGGUGGGUUGGCAUGUGGUGGGGAGGAUUCUUACUCUGCGGUUUACUCCUGAUUCUGGUGGCAAUUCCGUUCUUCAGUUUUCCAAAAACUCUGCAACGAGAGAAGGAGAAAAUACGAAUCAUCGAGAAAACUAAAUCGGCGUCGCAGAAGGAGAAGGAACCAUGCAAGGAACCAAAAAAGGAGAAACUCGAUGAUAGUGGUUACGGGAAAGAUGUGAAAGAUAUUCCUAGAAGUAUGUGGAGGUUGGUGUGCAAUCCAGUGUACGUGGUAACGUGUUUGGGAGCAUGCAUGGAGCUAGUGAUCGUUUCUGGCUUCGUUGUUUUCCUUCCCAAAUACCUGGAAACUCAGUUCAGUCUGGGAAAAAGUCAAGCCAGUGUGUUCACCGGCUCUAUAGCGAUACCGGGGGCCUGUAUUGGAAUCUUCUUUGGCGGAUGUUUGCUCAAACGUUUAGAAUUAAGACCGAAGGGAGCGGUUCAGUUCGUUCUCGUAUCGAACAUCAUAUGCCUGGUGUGCUAUGGCCUCCUCUUUUUCCUCGGUUGUGACAACGUUAAGAUGGCUGGGACCACUAUUCCGUACUUCAACAGCAGCACGAAGGGCCCGGAGCCCUUUCAAGUUAAUCUCACUGCCGCAUGCAACUUUGGUUGCGAAUGUCGAAUGACAGACGUCGAGCCGGUCUGUGGAAACAACGGUCUCACCUAUUUCAGCCCUUGUCAUGCAGGCUGCACUGCCUUCAGUUCGAAAUCAAAUUUCACUAAUUGCGCAUGUAUACAUGGAAAUUUAACAUUGUUGCCUCCCGCAGCACCAGAAUUCGCGGAAGUCACUGUGGUACCGGUAGCCACUGCUGGUCCCUGCACUUCGCCAUGCAGAACUAUAUUCCCUUUCUUAAUCUUACUUUUCUUUAUGACUUUUAUCGUUGCUAUCACUCAGAUGCCUCUAUUAAUGAUAGUGUUGCGGUCAGUCUCGGAAGAAGAGAGGUCGUUUGCUUUGGGCAUGCAAUUCGUAAUCUUCAGACUGUUCGGUUACAUACCUGCUCCUAUUUUAUUCGGUAACUUAAUUGACUCUACGUGCUUACUUUGGAAAAGCACUUGUGGAGAGAAAGGUGGACGAUGUCUUCUUUACGACAUCGAGCAAUUUAGAUAUAGAUAUGUUGGACUUUGUGCCGGCAUUAAGAUUUUAGCUCUGGCUUUGUUCCUUAUCGAUUGGUGGCUGGUUAGGAGGAGAAGACAGAUGGAAGACCAAGCGCCGUCUUUCACUGUUAACGAGUUUGUAGGGUCAAUUAUCAGUCUUGACAAAUUGUUCGAAGAGAAACCGCAUCAUCACAACACUGGAGAUGGGGACGGUGUUUCUCCUAACUCGGAGGUACCCACACCGUCAUCGAUCUCUUCACCAACGGAGCCUACGAAAUCGACGAAUCUCGAGGAGACUGGCUCGUCGAAUCAAACGCAGGAUUCGACGGAGACAGGGAAUCGAUCGAAGAAUUCAAUGAACGUUGAUGUUCCCGACACGAGGCAAGCACCUCUAGCUAUGGAAGAGCCAGACACAGAGGUGAAACCAUUGACCGCUGGUCAAACGGAGAAGCUCGUACGGAACGUUUAAUGUUUAUCUCGUGUUAGUGGCUAUGCAAUUGAAUAUAUCAAAGUGGUGAUAACACGAGUCUGUGGCAAAUUGUUUUAAGGUCAACUAUGAGACUUUAAGAAGAUGAUGAUCAUGGCUUACAGAAACGACGGACCUUCAAACACCUCUAGAAUCGAAGGUCCAAUUUUAGUUUAACUCUAUUUAUUCUACUUAUUGAUUCUUGAUUACAGGGCCUUACUUCAAUUAUGGCACGGUUAAGUUUCAAUUGUACCUCUGAAUACAAUGUACUGAAUUUAGGAUCGCCGAGGGCGAUUUAAGUACUACAUAUCAAUUUUCUUCGUCAGUUCAAUCACACGAGCAGUAAAUAGGUAAAUGUAGAAGCAGCAAACGCUGUGGAAAAUUAUCAAGCAAAAGGUUGAGACAUAACCUAUGCUUGUUUAUUUUAGAAUUCUUCGUGCUUACACCUGACACCUUCGUAAUAGGUUAUCUAGGUAAGUGAUGGUAGCGUUUUUUGUGAAUGGGGUUUUAUUUAUUGCAUGACCCCUUACAACUCUACCAUAUAGAGUAGAAUAGAGUAUUAUAGUGUGUAUACUAUGAAGCCUAUAAAGUCUAUAGUAUUACAGGAAAUUGAAAUAAGGCCAUAAAAAUUCUGCACAACUGUAGCAGUUUAUUCUGAUAGAAUCUUAGUUACUUUAGAAUCUUUCAUUCUUAAAAGAGUGGAAUAAGUAGAGAUAUACUAGACUUGGAGCUUCAGUUUCAGGGUCCUAAUUAAUUUUAGACCCGAGUUCCUUUGUAAAUUAUAGAUGGUGCGGAGAAUCGCCUAUGUAAGUCAUAAUUAUUACCUUUUUAACUCUUUGUACAAGGUACCUAUAUUAUUAACCCUUUGCACUUCGAUUUUUCCAAACAGGAUAGUACAUUUAUUCUGGUUAAUUUUAAAAUGAUCGUUACAGAAAAUACAGAUUGUGAAAAAUGACAAGUUCGCGAAUAUUUUUCAUUAUUUCAAUACUAAAACUGGUACAAAUUUUCUGAAUGUAGUUCAAAACUAAAUCAUUGUACCUGAGAUACUUGUUUGGAGUGCAAAGGGUUCUAAGGGGGUAAAAUAUUAUAACUUUGAAUAAAAUGUGCUCGAGUGAUUUGUACACACACACACACAAGCGUAUGGUGCUAAUAUACUUUUUUAACGAGUUCGAAAGACAAAGAAUUAUCUCAUAUCGUUCCGUACACUAUCGAAAUACAGAUUUAAAUUACGUUGAAGGUGUUAAGUGAAUCGUCUAUUCUCGCAUACACUCGGCGCGCCGAAUGACAAAUAUUUUUGCGUGAAAGAGGAAUCACACUGGUUUUAUCGGACGAAAUGAUUUGCCACAGAUUUGUCUUCUAUGGUUUGGCUAUUUUUUAGGAACUAAUAUAUAUAUAUAUAUAUAUCACUAGGGUGUACAUUUUUACGGUGAUGCGAUAUAUAUGUCAAUAAGUAGGAACUUAAUAGGUGAACUACAGCUCGUUUCGGUCAAAGCAGCUUGAAAUUAACUUAAAAAAAGCGCUGUCUGAAACGAGUUUCGAUGAAACGAGCCUUGCACGGUUUGAAAAAGGAAAAAGGAAAAAGAAAAAACGAGCGAAAGGAAAAAUUAGGAAAGGAAUGGCCAACAAGGACAAAAGAGAUACACUGUAAAUAUAAAAAUUCCUGCCUUAAGAAAUACAAGACUAGACAAACGUAUAUUUAACAAACAAACAAAAAAAAAUAUAACUGAUUAAGCGAACGAUAGAUUUAACUAUCUAUAAAUAUGAAUAUCAUUAUAAUUGCAGAUCGAGAACUGCGAUUUAUUUUAUAACUAUAGCGUUAGGCUUUCUCAUGAAACAAAAGAAAAAAAAAUGAAGUAGUCAAUUUAACGUGUAGCAAUGUAUAAGAAAAAGAACAAAAAAAAAAUAGAAUUUAACACGACGAUCGUAAGAUCGUAAACUCGUUUACAAGAUAAUUUUUUGACACGAUGCAAUAGCCGUACGAUUUUUAUUCUUCGCAAACGGAAAGUCGACGAAAUCACGCUUUCUUUUCUUCUUAUUUUUUUUUCUUUUUUUUUUUUAACGAAGCGACACACGAUCUCUAACGUUUCUUUCCUUCCGAAACGAUCCGUAUCGAGCGAUACUACAAAGUUAAGAAGCUUUCGGAACUUCGAAUGCAAGCGUGCGAAUCUUUAUUUACGUUUUCUUGUAUACACUUCGUGUCCUCUGCGUAGGAGCGAAUUAUGCUUCCAAGCAACGAAACGAAAGGAUGUAUGUAAGAGGAACAAUCGAGGUUUAGUUGACGAACGAUGGCCUCGCAAGGGUCAAUCGAGGAAAUCCGAUUUUACACCAUUGGACUCGCUUCUUCUUAAAGAGAGUCCGCUCGUUGUUUUGUACCUGAAUGCCUCUCGUAUCAAUUUCGAUGUAACAAAACAAUGAAAGAAACUAUGUAGAAAAAAGAAAACUCACUCAGGAAAAUGAAAUUCUAUAGGGUGUAAGAAGCACCGUUUGAUUCAGUGGAAAGAUAUAUAGAGAAGAGACACGAGUAAGUGCAAAAAAAAAAGAAAAAAAUACAAAAAAAGGAAUCCUAGCUUAAGAGAGAAAAUUAAGAAAAAGAAAAAUAUAAUGUUACUCCUAUCAGCUCAAUUUUGUUUUAAGCAAAGUAACGUUGAACCGAAGAAAUUUUACCACAAUGAACGUUUUAACCAGAUUGAUAAAUAAGAGAAUUCUAUUCGCAUGAAAUUCAUGAUUUCAACCGUUUUUCUCAGUCGCUUCGGGGUAUGAAAUCGUUUUACAAGAUAAAUAUAUAUAUAUAUAUACACACACACAUUAUGCUUAAAUUAGGAUGAAGCAAAGAGAAAUGAAAGAGUAUAGUCUUAAUUUUUACACGGUCUCGAUAAACUAAUAUGCUGACGUUGUCUACAGCAUUUACUUACGUUUAAACACUUAACCAUAUGUACCGAUAUAUCUCGCACGCUGUUUGACCCGCGUCACUGUCAAUUUUUCAAAAUGUGUAGUUACACGCUACUCUAUUAUAUAUAUAUAUAUAUUUUAGAGGGAAAAUUUUGAUGUAUGAACGAUCGUGUAACGUCCGCAGGGUCGAUCGUUCGAAUGAUUUUAAGAGGCCGUGAUGAUCUCUCCUAAACCGCGUAUUGUCAAGAACUUAUUAUAUUAUACAUAACUACUUUGUGAUAUAGAAACAAAGUCGAACGAUAGGCUUUGCCGGACGUGUGUAGAGGAUUUAAAGAAGGGAAAAAUGUGCUGUGAAUAAUAGAAAAGGAAAUUAUGAAAGAAAGCGGGAAAGGAAUGCGCGUCGAAUCAAAUUUCAUUUGCAAUUUACAGACUGAAUUAUAUUAUUUAUUCAGAUAAAUAGUAUUCUUACAAUCGCUAAUUGAAACCAUUUACAAAUCCAGAGGAAUUUUAUCAUUUCUUGUUAUACUACACACUCUUGUUAUUGAAAUUAAAACCUGGCUAAUAUUAUAAAAUUAUUUUUUCUACAAAAUGCUAUUUAUCUAAACAAAUGAUAUAAAUCAGCCUUCACGCAUUGUCUUGUCGAGUGAUUAGGAGGGAUGUCAAUUGUUCACGUCAUCCGCCGCAACUGUACAUAGAAAAUUAGUUAGAACGAUUUUCUAUCGAGCAAAAUCGGGAUGAAAGAGUACGCGUUACGUGUAAAGUACGCGAUUCAAUUAGGAUUUGCGAUCGUCGAACAAAUGAUCACACGGUUCUGUUUCUACGAGGAUAUUUUUUUAGUCGAGAGGGUGCGAACGAUUCGAUCGCCUCCCGCGCAAUAUUUACAUAGAUCGUGUUACUUAAAUCAUUUUUUUUUUUUUAUACAUAAUUUUCUCGGUAUUAUAUAUUUUGUAGCUAAUCAUGCGAGCGUGCAAAAAUCGUUUUUCUUAUAUUUUAAAUGCGUCCGAUGGUUUGAUACCAGGGUUAAUAUAAUCGAACAUUGAAACAAAGUGAAAGAAACUCAUAGUAUAAUUAUAGUUUUAUUACAACCAAGCAUUAUAUAUUUUUCAAUGCUGGUUUGCCAUGAAUCUUCAAUUUCAAGCGGCACAGAACUUGUUCAUACAAAUAUCUAUUCUCAAUUUCAUUUAUCCAUCAUUAUUUCUAUAAUUAUUAUUAUUACAGCGCUUUGAUUAUCUAUUAUACUAGUAUACUCAUCUUUAGUUAGUUAGUUUAAUUACGUUUAUUUGUAGCUUAUUAAACGUUUAAUCAGGAACGAUAUAUGUUUCUGUUUCUUUUUCCUUUCUUUUUCGGUCGUACGAUUUUGAUUUAUUGUACGUAACACAUUCCCAAGUUACAGUUAAAAAAAGGAACAGAAGCGAAAUAAUAAAAGAAAAAGAAAAUUAUAAAAAAAAAAAAAAAUUAUAUAUAUAUAACAGAGUUUAGAGAGGGUUGCGUUUAAAGUAUUAGGUAGGAAGUUCUAAAACAAAUAUAGCGACGAAAAUUAAAUUAAAGAAUGUUGUGUACAUAGAUAUUGACUAUUGUAUAUGAUUAAUAUAAACUGCUUAUAGAUGUAAUGUAUUUUUUGUAGGGACCAUAAUAUAUAAACAGAACAAUAUGAGACGUGUUAGAACGGUACUGAUAAGAGUGAUAUAAAGAUAUGAAUAGAAAUGGUUCUAUGCGAAGUUUCGUGAAAAAGAAAAAAAAAAGCAAUACCCGUUUGCUUAUGGGAGGAGAGACGAGAUGAGUGUCCUGAGAAUUAUGAAUUCAGAGAUAUAUUAUAAAAGCUCAGUAAAGAAAAUUUAGAGGUACACCAUGUCGAGUGUUUACGAUCUGCUAAGAAUGAUAAACGAUUAUAUUUUCUUUGUACAAUUCGUGGAAGAGGUCCGUUUAAUGAAUUCGAUCUUUUCUGCGAGUCAAAUACUUUGGGCCUCGAAAAUUGAAGUUAAUUAUCGUCCAAGGCUGCUUCUGACUGAGCCCAUUAAUGGAAAUCAUCUUAAAUUAAUAUUGUUCUGGGAUGGUUUCUUAUUUAUUUAACACUUUGGUGUACAUUUUGUAGAUUCUAUGAAUUGCAAUUUUAGAAAAUUAUAAAAGGCCCCAUAUUAUAAAUUUGAGUAACAUUUAUAAUAAAAUUACAAUUAAAUUUGUAGAUAUAGCAAUUUUUGAUCAAAUUCCAUAGCAACAAAAUUUGGGAAAAAUAUAAAGGAAUGCAGUAUGCAGCCUUGAACGAUCAAUUAAGAUUCAAAACAAUAUGGAAUGAUUAAAAUUCUUAGGAAGGAGGAUUUUAUUUAUAAACUUAUAAAACAUAGGUGGUCCUGUAUCCAUGUGACCAAAGUUUGUCUGAAAAUGAUGAAAAGGAUUAUGUUGAAUGAGUCUGAAAGCAUUUUAGUCUGAUUCCAGCAAUUUCUAAAACGAUGCCAUUUCAUUACACGAACAAAGACACAUACACACGCAUACACACUGUACGUUACUUUGUUAUAUAUCGAAUAUUGUACGAAUUCUUACAAAAAGAAAUCGCUUGAAUUUAGUCGACGAGCAAAUCACCUGGUCGGUGUGGUUUGUCCAUCGGAAAUCAAUCUUUUUUGAUACGCGAAUCGAUGGAAAAAUCAUAAUCGAUCCCGUUGUUGAACACUCGAAAUAAUAUGCCUUAAAAAAUGAAAGAUUAAAAAAAAAAAAGAAGCGUAAUUCAUAAGGAACGCUGACGAUGGUACAAGUGGCGCGUGAAAAUCAAUGGUGACGGACGAUCGUAAUUUGCAGAGAAAAAAAUAUAUAUAUAUAUAUUAUAAAAAUCAUGUUAGAUGUAAGAGAAUCUCGUAUUGUCGAUUGAUUUAUCGUUUUCUCGAUUAACAUAAUUUUAAAAUCCUACAUAGAAAAGUAUGUUGUGCGUGCGCGGUCGAGAAGACACUGUUUUAUGGUUUUUCUUUUAUUCUCUAGAGAGAAUAUUCUCUGUUUUCGUAUCGAACACGUGAAUCUCUUCCUUAGGUUCGAUAACGAACACUGAUUCAAUCGGAAAAAUUAAUUUUUAUUUCAUUCUUCUCCCUCGACCCGGUGAUUAAAAAAUAACGACGACGAUGAUCGUGGUUGUUAUUUCGCACCGCUGGUCGAAACUUAACUUUUUAUUUCCCUCUCUCAGAAGUAAGGCACAAACAAUGUAUUUACAAUGAAUAAAUGUUUUGAAAACUGUUAAACCCUA